GUCUACUUGAGGGAAUCCCAAUCCAAGGUUCAAAUAGGUACAGGGCGCGUGCUCGGCGACACCGGGGCUACAAGGGGGGUGUGGCCGCUUGCCCCGACGUCACAACUGAUCCUAUUUAUUGGCCAACCCUACAAUGAAGUCACCGCACCUUGGAUUCAUUCACACACUGGAGGUUUCAUUCACGCACUGGAGGUUUCAUUCAAGUUUUAGAGGGGGCGGGAGAAGGAAACGGACACGUGCAAUUUGACAGCGAACCGAUGGACAAGCAACUGAUCCCCGACACCACGAACGCAGAGCAAGUGAACCAUUUAUAUCCAUCACUGCCGAUCUCAGCAAGGCUGAACGGAGAGGAGUUGCAUGGAGUUCACAGAGGGGGUGUGGAAAACAUCACACCAGCACCAGCCAGACAAACCAACAUGUCCUCCGCUGAUAUGAGCUCAGUCCAGGCCCAGUUGGACAUGUUGUGGAAGCAGAGAGAAGAGCUUAUCUCCAUCAAUAAUAAAUGGGCGGAUCAGUACAAAGUCAUGACACAGUAUUACAAAGCAAAGGUCAGGGAGCAACAACCUUCGGCCAAAACCAGCCAGCCAAGCCGUCCACUAAAUGAAGAAAUGUGCCAAAACGGAGUGGAACAAAAUGUACCAGAGAAAGACGUAAAAGAAGAGACAAGUGAAGAGAAAAUAAUGAGUCACACAGACGCAGAGCAGCUCAGGGUGCAGAACGCACACUUGACCAGAAGGGGGCAGCACCAGCACGAGGAGAUACGACGUCUUAAUCAGGCCUUACAACAAUCUCUUGAGAGCGGUUUCGUCUGGGGGGAAUCCAGAGAAGAUCCAAAAGACAAUGUUUGGAAACAUCAGGCUGAGGUCUACAAAGAAGACUUUCUGAAGGAGAGAAAAGACAGGGAGAGGCUCAAGGGCAAGCUCAUGGAGAUGGAGAAAAAGUACAGGAAGACCCACAGCGAGCUCCACACUCUGAAGUCCAAGAUCACAUGGGCUCCAGUCCUAGCUCCACCCGUCGCCAUGUGUGACUGCCCAAACCGAGCGCCCCCAGCCAACAACUACACCACAUAUCCUCCCACUGAGCCCCAGCAGAUCCACAACCACACACCCCGGUCUGCCUCCUGACCGGCCCAGACCGCCUCGCUCUGACACCAUCAGGGCCUGAAGUCCUCAACUUUAACCACUGUGACAUCUUAAUCAACCAGGGAUUACCUCGAUCACGUCUACCUUUGAAAUAAUACUGCAUGCACUUUACGGUCUACUUUCACUCAGGUCUUACUGUUGUACUAACCGCUCAAUUGGCGUGUGUGUGUUUGAGUGUGUUUUUUUGAGAGAUAUAUUGAACCAAAAGUUACACAUUAUUAAAGGUGAACUUUAUUCAAAACUUU